UGCCCCUUUGUGCCAGCGAGAGGAGCUCAGAUUCAGUAGCUGCCUGGUGGACUGGUUGAGAUGCUACUAUAAGAAGGACUGUGGACGAGAGUACAUGUUGAUGAAAUUGAUCUGUUCAGUGAGCUCGAACCAGAGCAGCUCCAGCCAUGAGUACCCCGACUGCCGUGACGGGGGCAGUGAGGCCAGCCUGCUGGUGUCCCCUCUGGUGGUGGCGGGCAUCGUCAUCGGCCUGGUGCUCUUCCUCUCCUGCGUCACCAUCAUCGUGGGCAGCCUGCGCAAGGACAGCCGCCUCCGCAACCCGCACUUGCGUGCCAGCUACGCCCCUGAUGGCUUCUCGUAUGGUGGCUCUAUUGGUGAGCUGAGGUCCACCUGCAUUGAGGAGUUCCCCCCUGCGUUUGACUUUGACUCUUAUGUGGAGACGCUCUCACAGGUCAAUGUCAUGUACCCAGACUCACCGCCAUGUUAUGACGAAUGUGUGGGACCGGGUGCGACGCAGAUCUACGUCCCCACCGACGACCCCCCGCCGUACUCCCUGAUGGACCCCUGCCAGGGCCGAGAGGACCAGCCGGACCUCCACACCUACCUGGAGAUGGGCGAGCCGUCCGCCGGCGGGGCUUCCUGGGUGGCUGCGGGCGGAGCCUCCCAGUACCCAAUCAGACUGUGCGAGCUGCGGCGGCAGCCAAUCGCCUCCAUCUCCCUGUCGGCGCUGCCGCUGGAGGAGGCGCCGCCGUACGAGGCGGUGGUGCGCGGCGGGCCGGGUCAGAACCAGCCCAUCCCCCUGAUGCCCAUGGAUCUGCUGAAGCACACGGCGGAGGAGAGCAGCAGCAGCCCACAGCACGCAGUGUCAAACAGAAUCCUCUAGAAUAACCCCCUCCAACCCCCCCUCAACCCCCCCUCCUCUUCUAGAAUCCCACCUUCUCCUUGUGUCGGGUCCUCUGUGUAGCUUCACUCUCUCUGGCUGAAACAGCACCCACUAGUGUUCGUAGAGGGUACUGCAGAACAUUCGCAGAGCACAGCAGUAAACUGUAGCAGAGUGAAACUGAGUCUUCACCCCUCACAAGCCAAACAUGGCCCACCACCGCACUCUAGACCCUUGGAUUCCACUGAGCCCAAUGGCAGGCUGCCAUCGCUUCACAUCCCCUCCCUGCCACCGGGGGCACUGCAGCACAGCGACAUUCUGUGGGCCGCGCUGGAGGUGAGCGUAGCAGAGGACACUUGAGACUUCACUGGGGGUGCCUCUCAUUUGGGCUUUUAUACGUCCUCCCUCGCGCCUUGAGCCUCGAUCCUCACUGAUCUACAUAAAGAGUGAUGGGGCGAAAACAAUGGGAUAGUCUAUCCAGUGUUAGUUAUAGAUCAGUGGGAACGCCCCUCGAGGAUCGAGCAUCGAGGAUCGAGGAGGCAUGUUGAGAAGCACCUUGUAUGUCCAUUCUCAUGCAGCCUAAACUCUGUUGUCUUCAGUGUGUAUGUGUCUGUGCGUGUUGGAGUAUGUGUGUGUGCCAGUGUGCCAGUGUGUGUGUGGGUGUGUGAGAGAGAGAGAGAGAGAGAGAGAUAGAGAGAGAGAUUGUCCAUGUGGGUGUGUUUAAACAGCUUAACUUUCCAACUGUAGUCAUUUUGGAUUUACUUGCAGUGACUUGAUCUGAUGAGCCACAUAGGCCCUAAAAGGCUCAAAUUCCCACACAGAUAUGUAUAUUAGUAUUUGUAUUGUAUCAGGUCCACAACUCCACACUAAUCUAGAUCCAUAAUAACGUAAAUAACAGACGUAGGGGAUUCCACAAAGCUACACGAAUUAGAAAGUAGCUCCUCACUUUGUCUUGUUUUGUAGACAUUUGUGUAGUUUUUGUCUGCCUUUUGUCUGCUUACCAUGU